AUGUAUCACACAAAGGGCCUUCUGUGCGACGCAGUGACAUGCAACUUGAUAACGGGGGGGGGGGUCAGUGCGGAUCUGUGGUUUUCUCGCCGGCAGCUCGAGACAAUUCCCGCAGGACUGACUCGGUCUUGGCCAUUCCGGGGCUUGGCAAGAGUGACCGAGUUGUACGGAUAUGAAGAUCCGAGCAGAUCCCCCAUAGAAGCAAGGAAACAGAGCCGGGAGCGGCUUUCUGACAAUAGCCGGAUGCUGCAGAUGUUUCAGGCUCCGGGCGCCGUAGUCCUGGACUGCAAGAAGUCGCUGACUAUCACCGCUACAGCCAACUCCAAGUUCAUUGAGAUUACAGCAUCUACUGCAGCUAUGGCAUCGCAGGAAGCCGCCAAAGGUGUGGGCAGCGGAAGGAGUGCAGGAUUUCUGUCGCAAUGCAUGACUGUGCCUUGGACGAGGCUCAAAGUUUGGGGCCCAGCUCUGGUGCUCUUCGCCGUGACUGCGGCCGCUGCGGUCACUCCAAGCUGGCCCGUAUGGUUUUGGUACCAUCCUGCUGCGAUGCUCGUGGGCUACGUGGCCUUGAUGGGCAACGCGGUCCUCGUCAAGAAGAUAGGUGGAAAGGCGGGAAAGCCGGAUGCAGGUUCCCCACCGGUAUGUCAGGAGGACUCAAUGGCAGAUGUGAUGGCCAACAUCCUCGAUGAGGAGCCGGAGUGUGGCUGGAUGGAGGAGUUUUGGCUCCCAGUGCUGGAAGCUUCGCCACCAGAGAUAUGUUUGUCCACAUCGGGCCGCUCAAUAAGCCACUGGAUUGAGCUCUUCAAUCGAUGGCAAGCUGCCGGAGGCUGGAACCCGGGGAGUGCGCCGAAGUUCAUGGAUGCCUACGCGUUCCGAGACUUUAUUGCCACUCCUAUGACGAAGGCCCUCAAGUGGGUCAAAGUCUUCGACCCUCCGGCUUUCUCCCAACUCGAAGCAACGAAGUCCAAGAUGGCUUACCAGAAUGUCAAAAUCAGUCCUGCGGCUGUUCUGACCUCGUCUAUCCUCAUUGCCACGAAAAUUGCGAAGAAACAGAAGAUCCGCUUCAUUCUGGGGGUCUUUGAUGAGGAUGAUUCAGAGACUUUCGACCGGAACGAAUUUGUUGAGAUGAUCUCGUCCUUCUUGAUGGGCCUGGGCAUUUUAUUUGGCAGCUCCGUCCCCAAGCCCAGCAGACGCCAGUGGAUUGGGAAACUUCUCUUCGAUCGCAUUCAGAUGAUGGCCUGCUGCAAACUUCCGGCUCUGGAGGCGAAGAUGAUUAAAUCCUCCGACUCCAUGCCAUUCAGUCUGUUGGAGGAAUGGUUCCUCGGAGAGUCAGGCGAUCCAUUUGCAGUGCCCUUCGCACUCCUGCUAGAGCGCUAUUCUUUGGGAGGCUUUAAUGAGGACCCCGAGAAGUUCGAGGUCGAGGACAAAAAGUUCAAGAUCACUCACAAGAGACGCGUAGCGCCUCCGGUGGAGACGGAAAGUUCCUUGGACAUGAGCUUCAUCAAACGGCACCAGAUUGAGCCGCUGCGAAGAAUCUUUGACUUGUGCCAGAAGGACUCCUACUUUGCGAUCUCCCACGGAGAAGCAGAGCGGGCACUCGAAACAUCAAUUCAUCCUGACCUCUGGUGCAACUUCGCAGCACUGGGCUUGGAGCAAUUGGAGUCUAUGCCACAAAGCAGGAAAGGCGUGACAUUCCUGGCUUUUUUGAAGAAGGCCAUGCCGCAUGCACAACCCCGACACCACCGCAUGUUCUCCUCAUGGCUUCAAGAGUUGGAUGAAAUUGAGCAGCUCAAGAAGCAAGUCGCGACCUCCCGAAGUGAGCAGAAUCGUUUCCAAAAUUACAUCUCUCGCUGGCCUCUACGUGCAGCACAGCGCCAGAAGCUGGAGGAGCAGUUCGAGGUGUUGGGGAAGAAGGCCCUUGCAAGUGGCGAUGUCGAGGAUGAGGAGGUCGUGCAAGACCCUAUCCUAGAGGGGCUACAGGGCAGAGACAACAUGACCAAGGAGGACUACAUCGCGGCCAAGUGUGGCAUAGAGGCGCGACCCAACGAGAGCAAACCAGAGCUGGAUGAGGUCGUAGGCGACUUCUUGCGCCUCCAAACAAGGCAGCUCGAGGAGACUCUCGCGCAGAUGGAGAGCUUAUUCGCCAGCGGCAAUGGUGUCACGAGAAGGCCAAGCUUCAUCAAGCCUGCUGUCACACAGCGACAGUGGAGCUUGUGGAACCAUGCUUUUGACAUGAUGACUCCUACUGCCGCAAGCUCAGGGCGAGUGACUCUCAAGGAAUUCGCCUUUCAACACGAUCUCUGUCCUGCUACAUGCUUAUACCUUUGCCAGAGCAUCGGGCAUAGCACCGAAGUGCAUGAGCUGGGCUUUACCAAGGAGGAAUUUCUGCAAAAGAUGCUUGAUACAUUCAG